AUGUUCUAAAAAAAAAGUAUUGCAUCUAUUUUUUUUGUGUUUAGUUUUCAUAAGAAGAAAAUCAAAAUAAAAUCAGAAAUUGAAAUGAUUAUUUACAUAGAUUUUAAUUAAGAGAACUACCUGUAAUAUUAUAUUAAAAAAGAAGUUUGCAUAUUAAUUUUUCUUCAUAUAACAAAUUGUGUUAGUAGAAUAGUAGAUAAAUAAAUAGUUAACCAAAAGCGUCUAAUUUAGUUGAAUUGCAUAAAAAAUAGCAGAAAAGUUUAUUUAGGCAUAGAAUAAUUAAAAAAAAUAGGCUUUAAAGAAAUUCUCAAAGUAGAUCAAGCAAAGUUUGUAAACAUAAAUAAGAUCAUUGAAGAAAAAAUGAUUCUUGAGAAUAUUCAAAACUAAUUUUUCAAUAUUCUCAAAAUUUUAGUUGGUAAAACAACAACAUUAGAGCAGAUAGCAAUGAAAUAUGAAUUGAUUUAUAAACUGCUAUAAACUUAAACCCACUCAGAUUAAAUGAGCUCCCUCCAUUUUUAAUCUUGCAAAGAUAAGGAUUAAUUUUUCAAGAUAAUCUAAUCAUCAGAGAUGUUAAAAAAUCUUAGAAUAAUAUUGCAAUUAACACUGAUAAUGCCUCGAUUAAAAGUUUAACUUAAUAAAUUAGCAGAAAGAAUUACUCAUUUAACUGAAAUUAAGCUUUGCAAGAUUGAUUCAGGCUUACCCUUUCUCCAUAGCAGAAUAAAUGGCUUUUAAGCUAAGGAUCUAAAUAAUAAAUAGUAUAAAGCAUCAGCAGCACAACUAUAGCUAUAUCUUACUAUUUAAAACUGUUAUGUCUCACCAUACUAAAAGAAAGAUUACCAAUACUAAAUUACAAUCUUAAAAAUGAAAAAUAAUAAGGAACUAUCACAUGAAAUUUUAAAAGAAAAUGUCAAAUUAAACUAUUAAAACAGUUAUUGUUUUCUUAAAGAAGCAAGAUAAGUUAGGAGUAAGGCAGUUUCUAAAACUAAUUCAUAAUUCUCUGUUGAUUAAUAAUAACCAUUUAAUAAAGAGAAUGAUACUGAAUUAAUCAUUUAAUAAAAUAAGUACAUCAUAAAUAAAUUAUCCUAACCAAAACUAAAUAAGUUAAGAAAUGCUCUUUUAAUUGGAUAAAAAGCAAGAAUUAUUAAAAUUUUGUAAAAAGAAAAUAAAAUAUCUAACAAAAACAAAUCAUUAUUGUUUGGAGGUGGUAAAAAUAUAAAAAAUAUUGAUAGCGAUUAAAAAACAAUCCCUAAGAAAAAUAGAAAAGAAAUUAGUUCAUUAAUAAAUACAAAUGUAGAAAUGAACAAAAUUAAAGUUGAAUUAAAUGAAAAUUAAAAUGAACAAAAUAAUUCUAAUACUCAAUAAGCAGAAUAUGAUGAAUUAAAUAAAGAACUAGAAUAAUUUUUUAAAAAUUGGCCCAAGUAUAUAGAAAUAAUCGAUUCAAGUUUGAAAAUGAAAAAAUAAAAAAUUUUAGAUGAAUAAAAGGGAUAAUAGCCUUAAAGAACUACAAUUAUCUCAUAAUCAUCAUAAAAAAUUUUUCAGUAAUCAGACUAAGGUAUUUACAUUUCUAAAUCAAAUACAUCUUGUUAAUUUGGAUAAAAAGGUGUUGAGAGAUAUUAAUCACUAAAAGAUUUUAUAAGUACCAAAUAGUACUAUGAAGAAAAUAAAAAGAAUUAACCAAUUUAAAAAAAAAAAAAUCUUGAUUAUGAUUCUGAGCAAUUUUUAAGAUAAAUAUUUAAAUUAGGCGAUCAUAUCAACAGUGGAGGGGAGGCAGAUAUAUUUACAAAUCAAAAUUAUGACUAUAUAGUAUAUAGAGUAAUUAAAUUAAAUGGAGACGAGGAUUUAAGGAAAUAAGAAAAAGAAUUAUUAAGACUUUAGGAAUUAUAAGAAUAAAAUAUUUUUAAUAUAGAUAGUUCUCAUCUAAUAGAAGAUAAAAUUAAUCAUACUAAGUAUAUCAUUUACGUUAUGUAAAAAUGUAAAAUGAGUCUUCAAGAUGAAAUAUUAUCUAAGAAAGUUUUUAGUCUUAGAGAAACUUUAAAAUUUAUUUCUACUUCAUUUCAUUUAUUGAUUGUACUUAGAUAAAAGUAUAUUUAUCAUUCAGAUAUUAAACCAGGAAAUAUCUUAAAAAUUGAUGAUAAUAAUUACUAAUUAUCUGAUUUUGGUGCUUCAUAGUAUGUUGAUUUUAUUGAUCCUUUUUGUGAUUUCGAAAUGUAUACACCUAGUUUUACACCAUAAAAAAAAGAGAAGAAUUUACCUUUUUAUCAUGAUAUCUAUUCUUUUGGUAAAACUAUCCAAAAGUUAUUAAUUUAAUUAGAAAAUCAAUCAGAAAUUUCUGAUGAGUUAAAUAAAUUUAUAAAAGAAAUUUGUAAAGAUGAUGAAAAUUCUAUUAAUCUAGAUUGCUUUAAGUUGCAAAGAAAGUUUAUAAAUAUUUUAAUGGAAUUUACUAAUGAUGAAGUUAUUAAGGCAUUCUUCGAGGAAUAUUUAAAAUAGAUAGAACAAUACUUAGUCAUCAAAAAAGAAAAUAGAGUAUUUCAGUAUGAAUCAUAAUAUAUAUAUGCUGAAAUAGCUCUUUUGAUCAUUUUAAAAAGUCAAUUUAGCAAUUAGCAGAGUCAGUUAACUUCAAUUAAAAUUAAGGCAAAGGCACUGAUAACUCAAAGUUAUAUUUUAUGUAAAAGAAAACAAUAUAAAGAAUCUCUCAAAUAUAUUAAUGAAAUUUUUAGAGAAGAUUUUAAUGAUAAUAGUUAGUCAGAAAUCCUAAUAAAAUCAAUUAGAAUUGUAACUAAGAUCUUAAUAAAAUUAAAUAAUAAGAUAAAAUUAUCUUAAGAAAAUUAAAAUAAACUGAUUGAUUUAAUUAAAUUAGCUAAUAUAGGUGAAGAAUUUGAUAAAUUAAAAAUAAAGAUAACAGAGCUUCUAUUGCUAAAAUCAGAUCAUAUAUAUCCAAUCAUUACAGAUUUUUAUGAUACUCUAAAAAUAUAAUUAAAAAACUAGGAGUUUGAUAUGGUUUAUAGGAUAAUUAUAAAAUUGAUUAGGUAUUUAAGAAAAUAAAAUUGUUAUGACUAAUCUCUUUACAAAUUAAUUUAAUUUAUUCAAAAUGAUUAAACGAAUAAGGAUUCUUAUUACAAAUAAAAAUUACUCAAAGAAAUGGGCUUCUAUCUUUACAAAUUUCUUUUUUAAAGAGAUGAAUAGCUAGACAUUAAAUUGUUUGUUAAAUAUGAAAAAGAAAUGUUACUCUUGCCAUAAAUUAUUUAUAAUUGCUUGAAUGACCUUAAGCUAAAAUCAAAUUUAUAAAUUUAAUUUGAUAAAAGUAUUUGGUAAUUAUAUUCAAUAUUUAUAAAGCUAUAAGAAUUAAAUAUUUAUAGCUUUGAUGAAUGCAAGGAUAUUUUAGAUAAUUUAGAAAAAAUAUAUAAAAUUAUAAUGGUUAAAAUAAAAAAAGAUAACUAAUUGCCAUAUUAAGAAUAUGAUUUAUACAACAAACUUAAUUAUUAUGAAAAGUAUCUUAAAAGAAAUAAUAUAAAAAACUAUUAGUUUUUUAAUGAAGUAAAAAACUAUUAGUUUUUUAAUGAAGAUGAAAUUAGAGACAAAGAAAAACAAAUAAUUUAAUCAAUAAAUCUUUUUUAAUAAAACAAUUUAAAUAAAAACAUAUAAAAUCAAAAUUUAAGAAAUAAUGAGAUAUGUUAAAAUAAAAAAGAAACAAUCAGCUUGCUUAAUUUCAUACCAUACUUUGAAAGCGAAUAAAUAAGUCUAAAAUAUAUAGGUUCUUUGGAAAAAUACAAUGAAGAGGUGGAAUCAUUUGAUUUUGAUCUCAAUUUUUAUAAUAUAAUAUAAUACCAUCAAAAAAACUUGCAUGAAAAAAAGAAGAUUUUUGAAGAAAUUACGAAUUUGAAUAUUGAAAUAUAAGAUGAAUAUAAAAAUAAAUUUAGCUAUUAAUUUGAGAAGGAAGAAUCUUUAACUUUAAGAAUAUAUGAGUUUAAUGAUAAUAGCUUAUUAAAUAAUCGAUUUUUUACUUUUCUUACAUAAGAUUUGAGAAAAGUGCAAGCUCUCAAAUUCAAAUACCAGAGUCCGAGAUAAACUAGAAAUUUUUUGUAAGCUCUCAAAUUAAAAUCCCAGAGUCCGAGAGAAACUAGAAAUUUUUUAACAUUGGAUAAAUAUAAUUAAAAUUUUAUGAAAACUAAAAUUCUAAAAAGCAUCACUAAAUUAACACUUGAUUAUAGUGAAUAAAGAGACUCAUAUUAAGAGAUAAUAGAUAAUAAUUAUUUUAAAGAUUCGUUUGAAGAUUUUAAUUAGAUGUACCCAAGAAUUACUGAAUUAAAUAUUAUUUGCUCCAAGAGAAAGAAUGAUCUUUAGUAGGGUCUUUAAGACAUUUUUAGUUUAUUUAAUAGAGAAAGAAAACCUAAGUCAUUAAACUUUGAGUUAAAGUUUAAAGAUAAUGAAAUGACUAAAUACAUUUAAGAUGUCCUUAAAAAAAUAAUUAAAUUUUUAGUGGAUCAAGAUUGUAUAAAAAUUAGUCUCUAGAAAAUUACUGAUAUUGAACUUAAUAUAAAUUUUGAAGUUUUGAAAGAAUUUAGAAAUUUUGAGGAUAUUAUUUCAAAUAUUUAAAAACCAGAGUAAAAUCUAGAUUACAUAAAGAGAGAAUAUUUAUUUUAAGAGUAAUCUUAGUUUACUCUUAAUAAAAACGAUGCAUUUAAAAUAUUAGAAAAAAAGUUUUGCUUUAUAAUAUCUGACAUAACUGAAGACUAUCUAGAUCAAAGCAAAAAUAUUACUUAAUUAAAUAUUACUUCAAGUUGGCAAAAUAUUUAUACAAGUACAGCUCAAAAUAUUGCUCAAUAUUUAUAAACAAAACAAUAAAAUUAAUACAAGCUUAAUCUAAUUGUCCAAGGUAGCUAAUUAUUUAAUGAAGAUUAAUUUUUUUAAAAAUUUGAAUAAAUCAAUAAAUAUGUUUAAAAUCAUGUCCUUAGCUUUAAGUAAAAUAAAGAGAGUAUUGAAAUAGAAUAAUUAGAUCUUCAUUUAGAUUUCAAUAUAAUAUGCUUAGAGGCAGCUACAGUUAUUAAAAAUAUGUUGCACAAGUUCAAAAGUAAUAUCAAAUUAAAUCAUAACUUCAAUUCAUGCAAAAUAUUUGAUUUUGAAACUUUUAUGAGUUCUACAGAUAAACCUGUAAACAUUUUGAAAAUUGAUCUAAGCUAAAUAGAAAAAGAUAUUUAAGAAGCUUAAGAGAUUGCAAGGACUCUAGCAAAGUGCUAAAAUGCCAGUUCAUUAAGUUUUAAGCUUUAUUCUUUGAUGGCAGAACAAAAAACUAAAAUUAUUGCAAACAGUUUGGAAAAAUUUGAAGAAAUAACUGAAUUAAGUCUUAGUUUAUCAAAUAAAAUUGGUAUUUAAGGAGCUAAGUAUAUUUUAAACACUAUUAAGCACUUUAGAAAAGUUACUUAAUUAGAUAUUGAUUUAAGUUAGAAUAAUAUUAAAGAUGAAGGAGCAAAUAUUCUAGCUAGGUUUUUGGAAAAAUUUGAAAACAUGACAGAUAUAGAACUUGAUUUAGCUGGAAAUGAUAUUUCAAGUGAAGGAGCUAAGAAUAUUUCAAAUGCUUUGAAAAAAUGUAAUAAAAUCACUGUUUUAAAGAUUGAUUUUGAUGAUAAUUAAAUCGAUGGUGAAGGAUUCAACAAUGUUAUUAACAUUAUAUUUAAAUGUUAAAAAAUCACUAAUGCUUAUCUUAAUUUUAAUUUUAAUAAAAUUGAUGAGAAUGUAUCUUUGAAUAUUGAAAAUAAAGAUGAAAAAUCCCAUAAUAUUACUUAAUUUAAUCUUUACUUGAGAUAUAAUACAAUCAGUAUUUAGUAAGCUUAGAAUAUUAUACAUUGUCUAAAAAGGUUUAAUAAUCUAUAGAAACUAAUUCUUCACUUGCCUAGUAAUCUUGGAAAAGACCAAAUUUAUAAAAUAUAAAAUUUCUUAUAAAAUUGUCAAAGUCUCACUGAAAUAAUUCUCAAUUUAACGUAUACUGAAAUUUCUUUUGAAGGGAAAAAAAAUAAUUUUUAUACUGGAGAUGUCACACAUUUAAAUAUCUAAAUUUUGGAUUAUUAAAUAAUCUCUGAAGGUAUAAUCAGUAUUAUUAAUGCUUAGGAAAAGUGUCAAAGAAUUAGAAACUUAAAUUUUAAUUUAGGUAAAUUCGAAUUAGGGAGUGAAAUUUUAGCAAGUUAUUUUUGGAAUAGUGAAAAUAUUAGUGAAUUAAAACUUUAAUUUGAUGGGGUUUGGAAUAAAAAAGAUAUCAUACAUCUUCAUUAUAAUUUAUAGAAUAUCUCUAGUUAAAUAGAAAAAUUAUAAAAUCUUACUAGACUGGACCUUGCUUUUUUGAGAAGUAUAAUUAAUGACAAAGGAGCUUAUUAUAUCUCUAGAGCUUUUGAGAAAUGUUAAAAAAUUACUUAGCUAUAACUUAAUUUUUGGUAGAAUUAUAUCACAGAUAAAGGAGCUUAAGAAAUCGCAAGUGCUAUUAAAAAAUUUUAAAAUAUUACUAAUUUAUUACUUAAUUUGAGUAAGAAUUAUAUAUAAGACGAAGGAGCUCAAAGCAUUUCAAAUAGUCUGGAAAAAUGUCAAAAUAUUACAAAAUUGAAUCUUUAUUUAAGUGGGAAUUAAAUAUAAGACAAAGGAGCUCAAAGCAUUUCAAAUAGUCUGGAAAAAUGCCAAAAUAUUACUGAAUUACAUCUUAAUUUAACUAAAAAUAAGAUAAGCGAGGAAGGAAUUAAUAAUCUAAAAAUGGCUUUAGAAAGAGAUCAACGCAUCUUAAGAUUAAAAUAUAAUUUAUGA